AUGAAAAACGUCGCCACCUUCUCGCUAGACAACGCCCCUUCCUACGAGAAGGUAAAACUACAAGUCGACGGCGUCAGUCUCGAACUCUCUACAAUCUACAAGAAAGGCACCCGUCCACCAUUCGUCUUCCUCCACGGCUUCGGCUCCUCAAAGGAAGAAUUCAACGACUUCGCCUAUCUCCCCCAUCUCAGCGAAUAUGGACUUAUUCUAUACGACGCCCCCGGCUGUGGCGACACGACCUGCUCCGACCUCAGCAAAGUGAACAUCCCAUUCCUGGUCAAAACAGCCAAAGCCCUUCUCGAGCACUACGGCGUCACCACAUUCCACCUCUCAGGCCACUCAAUGGGCGGACUAACCGCCCUCUUACUCGCAUCUGAGAUCCCAGACCGCGUCCUCAGCUUCAUUAAUAUCAAGGGCAAUCUCGCCCCCGAGGACUGCUUUCUCAGUCGUCAGGUCUUCCUCUUCCCCGCUGAUGAUGCGGAGGUAUUUUUCCGUGAAUUUACCGAGAGGGCGAGGCGGGCCCCCGCCUUCUCUAAUGCCAUCUAUGCGUCUAAUUUAAGACGCAAGGUUAGUCCCCAUGUUACUUAUGGGAUUUUGUCUACCAUGGUUGAGCUUACGGAUAAUAAUGACUUGCUUGCGUUGUUUUUGGGAUUCCCCUUUCCCUGCAUGUUUAUGUAUGGUGUGCAGAACGCCUCUUUGUCGUACUUGCCGAAGUUGAAGGAGGGCAACGUUGAGUUGGCCGAGAUUCCGUAUAGUGGGCAUUUUCCUAUGUAUUCCAAUCCACCAGAGAUGUUUAGGCGUGUUAAGGAGUUCUUAGAGAGGACGGGUGCUUAG